AUGCGUCGAAAGCAGACAAUAGACGACGAUCACUACAGCAAGGAGUGUAAAUACAGCAGCAGGAGACACUACAGCAAGGAGUGUAAAUACAGCAGCAGGAGACACUGCAGCAAGGAGUGUAAAUACAGCAGCAGGAGACACUGCAGCAAGGAGUGUAAAUACAGCAGCAGGAGACACUGCAGCAAGGAGUGUAAAUACAGCAGCAGGAGACACUACAGCAAGGAGUGUAAAUACAGCAGCAGGAGACCCUACAGCAAGGAGUGUAAAUACAGCAGCAGGAGACCCUACAGCAAGGAGUGUAAAUACAGCAGCAGGAGACACUACAGCAAGGAGUGUAAAUACAGCAGCAGGAGACCCUACAGCAAGGAGUGUAAAUACAGCAGCAGGAGACACUACAGCAAGGAGUGUAAAUACAGCAGCAGGAGACACUACAGCAAGGAGUGUAAACACAGCAGCAGGAGACCCUACAGCAAAGAGUGUAAAUACAGCAGCAGGAGACCCUACAGCAAGGAGUGUAAAUACAGCAGCAGGAGACACUACAGCAAGGAGUGUAAACACAGCAGCAGGAGACCCUACAGCAAAGAGUGUAAAUACAGCAGCAGGAGACACUACAGCAAGGAGUGUAAAUACAGCAGCAGGAGACACUACAGCAAGGAGUGUAAACACAGCAGCAGGAGACCCUACAGCAAAGAGUGUAAAUACAGCAGCAGGAGACACUACAGCAAGAUAUAA